AACCCUACCCGAACCCCCGCGCGGCCGCACCCGCCGCCGCCGCCUCUGCUCUCCGCCGCGCUAGGUCUCCCUCGCUUAUCCACCGACGCCGCCCGCCGCCGUGGUGUCCCCCUACGGCUCCACCUCCUCGCGUUUCUCCGGGAGGCCCCCCAAGACCCCUGCCGUAUCCGUCCCGUCCAAACGGUAUCCCUACACCAUGGCGCCAUCCACUAGCGGCGGCGGGGCGCUCUCGGCCCAGGCGGCGGCUGCGCUCGGUGAGGGCAUUGGGCUGGUGUUCGGGAGAUGGACGGCGCUGCAGAUGGCGGUGGAGAACCAGUGGGGCGGCCGCGAUUCCCGCGCCAAGGCCAACCAGCUCGCCGAAUACAUCCUCUCAUGGUUCACCAACGCCAAGGGUGAACAUUAUUAUGAAGAUUUGGUGGAUAUGAUGUAUGACGCAGUGUCUGAAUCCUUCAAUGCUGACUUUGAGGAUGGUAGUGUUGAGGAGAUUGCUGAACAGUUGUUGAUUAUGCAUGAGGAAUGCAUGCAGAGCAACUAUUCAUCAGUUGAGAAGCUAAGGAACACACGUCCUCAAGGGAAUGCUGUUUCCCAAAGUAGAAAGAUUUCGGUUGAUGGAGAUGAUGAUAGCUCGGAUGACGAUGAUGAUGAUGAUGAGCCAUCGAUGGUGGAUAAUGAAGCAGGGGGCGCCGACAAGAUGGUGGUGGACGAGCCAAAGCCUUCCAAGCCUGUCCCUGACGCUGAUGGGUGGACUGUUGUGCCAUCUAGGCGUGGCCGGGGCAAGAAUUAAGCACAGAAGCAAAACCUGGCAUUAGACUUGCGCCACUUGCAGAGACAGUUUGUCUGAAAGGUUUUCGGUGUCAAGUUUCCUCUACUCGUGUUACUAUUUUUUUUUUUUGUGAGGCAUGGUGAUCAUAUUAUUGUAUUAUGCUUUCCUUCAACCGAGCUAUAAUCGUUGAAAGAAAAUCCUUUUCAUGUGAGUCACUUGAUCAUGUCUGCGUAUAUCUGUUUUAGCAUCCAAAGACAGUAAUUUCAAGUGCGUAGAUCUGGUCUAUUGGAUAUGUCUGCGUGAUG